AUGCAGCAACAUAUACAACGAGCCAGUCAACAGCGUGGAUCAACUGCAGCCGCAACGGUUGGCUCCAUAGCCGCUGCUACAGCUUUAUAUCAGAAGAAUCUUGCUGCCAGUCGCAACGCACUGCUUGCAAAUGCAUCUGCCUUACGGAAAGCACCAACGAUGAACGCCGCCAUGCAGAAAGCUUUUGCCAUGGCCAACGGCGGUCUUUCGACAGCUGCUUCAUCAGGCUCACCCAGUCCAGCACCAUCCCAUGCUCUUGGCAAUAAUACAAAUGCUGGCAAUGGACCAGGAAUAUGUGAGAUUUGUGACCAGAAUAUGGCUGAUAGGGAACGAUAUUUCCAGCAUUUGCAGUUGAUUCAUAAGCACCUUCGAGACAAGACCCUUGAUGAUGUUAAACUUGGAGCCCCACUUGCAUGCAGCAGGUGCCGCGAAAGAUUCUGGACUUAUGAAGGUUUAGAACGCCAUCUGGUUAUGGCUCACGGCCUCGUUACAGCGGAUUUGCUGGCAAAAGCUCAGAACAAGCUGGAUGGCGGCAGAUGCAAGCUUUGCGCCAAGCAAUACGCAUUCAACAUGCUGCAACACUUGGUCGCUGAUCAUCACAUCAAGCUAUGCUCCGCGGAAAUCAUGUAUUCGUGUGAUGUGUGCUCGUUCAAAUGCAGCAGUUAUACGACGUUGGAGACUCAUCUGAAUGCUAAUCAUCCAAAAGGCAUGACUGACAAGAAUGCUGUGCAUCCUCCUACUGCUGAAAGUGCAUCUGCCUCUAAUGGUACUUCUAAGGUAAUAAAGUUUAUCAAUAAUUUGGCAGUAACUUUCACUCUUUUCCUCUAA